UGGACGAGAGCUCAAAGACGCAGAUUUGAAGAUUUCACACAGAAAAUGGAACUCCAGGACCAUACGAUGAGCGAUUGGAGCCAAUACUAUUUACCACCUACAAGUGUGAACCACCACUUUCUCUUUAGUGAUUUGAAAAGCAGCUGUAUGUGGCCGCAGGGUAAAUCAGAUGCAUACUGCAACAUCUGGGCCGAUAUUGAACCGGCAAAAGUGAAAAGCUGUAGCAGUGGGUCUUUUGCUAUGGAUGCUAGAAUAAGACUGGACAGUUUGAAAUCUGGGUGCAAUCCACCCUUGCCUUACUGUGCCACCAGCAGGAUGUUGCACAAUUAUAGCUGUGAAAAACACUCUUGGGACAGUGAAGAGUUGCAGGAAGAAGAGACUGCUUUGGACCUGGUGGAAAUCCUUGACAUAGCGGAUGAAGAGCAGGAUGAGGAGAGCUGGCUGUACGAGUCUCCAAGGAAGCAUUUGUUUGUAGAGAAAAAGGAAUCUGCUUUCAAAUGGUGUCGACAUGUCCUCGAUAAUCCCAGCCCUGAGAUGGAAGCUGCAUGCCGUGCACUGUUAAAAAUGCUGGAUCAAGGAUCAAGACGUGAGCUCCACAAACGUCCUGCAGUUUCCUAUCAUGCUGCCAGUGUCCCUGUGGGCUCCUCUGUGAAUAAAACGUCUGCCAGUGCAGCAGCGAAUACACCUGACAGUUCAGGUCACAGUGAGCCAAGCAUCUCCCUCGAUGUCGUAACAAAGAGCUACAGGCUACAAGAUGUCCGCAUCAUGGCUCAACUGCAGGAAGCCAGUUUGAGGCAGGACUUUGUGUCCAUGCCUUCCACUGCUUCACAGAGGAGAAACCCUGAGGCUCCAUUGAUGCUUCCACCCUCGUUUAACACCACUGGUGAAAACACUGCUUACUCAACUACAGGAAAUAAAUACGAAACUUCUUCCAUAUCAGCAGUUAAGGAGUGCUGCCACAGUCCCAGACCAUCCAGACUUCAUCAACAAGUCACCCAAUUCAAGCUGCUUAAACGCGCCCAGAACCAAGCAGCAGCAGCACCAGGCAGGACGAGGUCGCCCCUGCGUACCAGCCUCCGCUCCCUCCAGGCUGUUAGGAACAGCCGAAGUUUAGACAUCGAUGACUGCCAACCUGCUGACCAAACCGCUUACCUCCCAUCAGAUCUGUCAUCUGCCAAGGGGGAGGGUUUAAGUUGCUUGUUGCCAUCACUUUCCCCAGCUUCAUUGAACUCUGGCAGCUUGUUGCAGUCGAUGAAAAGCUCAUCAGUCCGGACAGCGGCCGUGAAGAAGAUGAACAGGUCUCACUCGCUCAGCCCCUGCCGGAUUCCUCAGUCUGCUAAAGGAUGCUUGUCUGUCCACAGACGUGUUUUUACCUCACCUGAGAGGCUAACCACUGUAGCUUGGGGCAGAAAUUUGCCUGUUCAGAGAUAAAAGAUUUACCCUGUGGGUUUACCUGGGAUAAAAUAAUAAUUAUGUGAUGCAAUGUAAUUAUUUACUUCUGUGGUUGAUAAGCCUCUGCAAUCUCAUGCAUACAUUUAGAUUGUGACAGAAUUUGGGCCUAUAUUAGAAUCCUUUGUGGUAUGCUGCUCAGGGCAAAAAUAUGCUUUUUCAGUUGCAUGUGCAAGGAUCUGGUUCAUCUUUCUCAGUAAGAGAUUCUUGGUAAAUGGCAGGCAGUCACAACCAGAGUGCUCUAAAUCAUGUGGAUUAUUGUAGAAGUUUUGUGUUCAAGUCACAGGAAUGUAGAAAAGUAAGGAGCACUGAUAUGCUAUAAAUUCACCCAUAUGAGACAUCUUAGAAAUACUGACAGUAGAGCCAGUAGGUUGUACACUUCAUAGACACCUCACCUCCACUACUGGAACUUCAACAUUAUGCACUACAUACUGUACAUUAAUGCCACUGUUUUGCACAAUAUCCAACUACAAA